AUGGGACCAUGGCUGCGGUGCGUGCGACUGGCGCCGACUCUUGGCCGAGUGUCUCCUCUGUCGACGCCGUCGCAGUCUUUGCGGGGAGCAGCAGCAACAGCAGCAGGAGGGGGAGUAGUACCAGGUAGCACGCGGUUCUUUUUCCGAGAUACACGACUUCGAACACCGUUACCGAGUUCUCGCCGUAUCCGUAACCUCGACCCUUUCGUUCCCAUCCCACACCAAACCGUCUCGACAACACCAAUACUACCACAAUGCCGACUCGCAAGUAAUUUUGCCAAAGACGGGCCCGAACAGCGCCGCGCCGCCGAGCUCGAGAAGCGCAUCGCCGAGAUCCCCAUCGAGCGCUACCGCAACUUUUGCAUCGUCGCCCACAUCGACCACGGCAAGAGCACGCUGUCGGAUCGACUCCUCGAGUACACGGGCACCAUCUCGGCCAGCGAUGCCAACAAGCAGAUCCUGGACAAGCUCGACGUCGAGCGCGAGCGCGGCAUCACCGUCAAAGCGCAAACCUGCACCAUGAUCCACCGCUCAUCACGCGACGGGCUCGACUACCUCCUCCACCUGGUCGACACGCCGGGGCACGUCGACUUCCGCGCCGAGGUCACGCGCUCCUACGCCUCGUGCGGCGGCGCCCUGCUGCUGGUCGACGCCUCGCAGGGCGUGCAGGCGCAGACCGUCGCGAACUUCUAUCUCGCCUUUGCGCAGGGGCUGUCGCUGGUGCCCGUGGUGAAUAAGAUCGAUCUGCCGACCGCGGAUGUGCAGCGCGCGCUGGACCAGCUGGAGAGUGUCUUUGAGCUGGAUACGUCGUUUGCGGUGAGGGUGAGUGCGAAGACGGGGCAUGGGGUGGGGGAGAUUUUGCCGGCCGUGCUGGAACAUGUGCCUGCGCCGGUGGGGGAUACGGCGAAGCCGUUGCGGAUGCUGUUGGUGGAUUCGUGGUAUGAUACGUUCAAGGGGGUGGUGUUGCUGGUGAGGGUGUUUGAUGGGACGGUGAGGGCGGGGGAUAAGCUGGUGAGCUUGCAGACGGAGAACGAGUAUGUUGUGGGCGAGGUUGGCAUUCAAUAUCCGAACCAGGUGCCGCAGAAGGUGUUGCGGGCGGGGCAGGUUGGGUAUGUCUACUUCAACCCUGGCAUGAAGAGGAUUCAGGAUGCGAAGAUCGGGGACACGUUCACGACGGUUGGAUCGGAGAACGCGGUCGAGCCGUAUCCCGGCUUUGAGGAGCCCAAGCCGAUGGUCUUCGUGGCGGCGUUCCCGACGGAUCAGGGCGAUUACACGAAACUUGCGGAUAGCAUUGGGCAGCUGGUGCUCAACGACCGCAGUGUCACGCUGCAGAAGGACUUUUCCGAGGCGCUUGGCGCGGGGUGGCGGUUGGGUUUCUUGGGGAGUUUGCACUGCUCAGUCUUUCAGGACCGCCUCCGCCAGGAGCACGGCGCCGACGUCAUCAUCACGGAGCCAGCCGUCCCGACAAAGAUCGCUUGGAGUACCGGCGGCGGGGAGACUAUCAUCACGAACCCGGCCGAGUUCCCCGAAGGCGAAGACGUCCGCAUGCGCAAGGCCAUCACUUAUGAGCCGUUUGUGCUCGCCACCAUCACGCUUCCUGACGAGUACCUCGGACGGGUAAUCGAGAUCUGCGAGAACGCCCGCGGCCUGCAAAAGGGCCUCGAGUUCUUCCACGCCACGCAGGUCAUUCUCAAGUACGAGGUGCCCAUGUCCAGCCUGGUGGACGACCUGUUUGGCAAGUUGAAGGGGGCUACCAAGGGGUAUGCGACACUAGACUACGAGGACGCCGGGUGGCGCCAGAGCCAACUGGUCAAGAUGAACCUGCUGGUCAACAAGCAGGCCGUGGACGCCAUUGCGCGCGUGGUGCACUCCAGCCAGGUCGAUCGGCUGGGCAGGCAGUGGGUGACCAAGUUCAAGGAGCAUGUCGACAGGCAGAUGUUUGAGAUCAUCAUCCAGGCUGCCGUUGGCAAACGCAUCGUCGCCCGUGAAACCAUCAAGCCCUUCCGCAAGGAUGUCCUCGCCAAGCUGCAUGCCAGCGAUAUCUCCCGCCGCAGGAAGCUGCUCGAGAAGCAAAAGGCCGGCCGCAAGCGGCUGCGCGCCGUCGGCAACGUCGUCAUCGACCAGUCGGCGUUCCAGAAAUUCUUGUCCCGGUGA